CUCGCCCGCAACCAUAGUCCACUAUCCGUCCUGUCAACCCCCGGGCCUCCUCUCAGGUGCAACAAAGGGUAUUAAAAAAAAUAAUAACAACCCCCCCACCACCGAAAAAAGGUGACGCAAAGGAUAAAGAGUCCGGUCCAUUUUUCUUCUCGUUCGAUGGUCCAUUCGGAUUCGGCCCAACCGACCGACAGGUCAGGAUCUACCAUCCAUCAGCCUGAGUUGCACGAAGCCAGCAAACCAACGGCUUCGGGUGACAAUGAAAUUUGUGCAGUUUCUUCUAUAAUCCCUGGCAAAGGGAGUUUUCAUACCCCUCCGCUAUAUAUCGACCAAUACCCAACAGGUCCACUGCACGAUGCAACUCUGCACCACCAAUCCUUCCCGCAUCAUCCUGUGCCUUCGCUCCAGAUUCGCACGGAUCUGUCCCACGCCAGCCAGAUGAGUCCCCCGAGGGAACCGGAUUCGUUUGUGCACCACAGUAUCUCGUCGAGCAGCCUGCCCCGUCGCACCCCAAGCCUCCGGGGUCUGUUCGCCGGCCCUCCAACCAGCGGGGGUUCUCUGUCUCCAGCCUCCCUCAUAUCAUCCCCCCAGCUCAUGGCCAUGGGAGACAUCACCCCCCUGCCAUCGCCCAUCGGUGGUAUGUCGCCAUGGAAACUGCCCCGGCGCAACUCUCAAUCCUUGUCGCGGACACCCUCCACAGCUUCCCGGAGUGGCUCAAGCCUCGGUUUGCGACUCAGCGACUCGUCGCAAAUGUUCGGCCCUUGCGAAUCCCGUCCACGAAGCAGACAGUAUACGAUUCCAGAUAAAUUGUCGGAGACACCGAUCGAGUCUCCAACAAAACCUUACCAGGGAUCCGGAUCGAAACAUGCUCGCAACCGCAGCCUGAGUGAAUACGUCCCUCCAGGCCGGGCCGUCCCGGUCAAACCGCGGCCUAUUGCGGUGUCCGGAACAGGCGUUCCACCGGGGAUCACUUCAUCGUCUAGCACAGACUCAAAGUCAAACAACCUGCACCGGGAGGAGUAUCUGGCAAUUCACCGAGGAAUCGCAUUACCAACGGUUCGGCCCCCCACGCCUCCUCGCAGCAGUCGCAGCGGAUAUGACGACAGCGAUAACGAACCCGUCAUUUCGCCAUUGAUGGGCGGCUCUGAUGAGAUAUACUCGGUACGCUCUGUUCGCACGCAGCAGCGUCGCAAAUAUCGCAAGCUGCGACAGCUCGGUCAUGGUACCUUUAGUCAGGUCUGCCUCGCUGCACGUAUGGAGAGACGGGAAAGUGACGACGACAGCACUAUCUCCAGUCUCCAAGAUGUGAACUUGGCAACCCAAAAGCUUGUUGCGGUUAAGAUCAUCGAGUAUGGACCUGCUGGUGGUGCGGACGAGGAGCGCUUGGAGGUUUCGCUCAAGCGCGAGGUAGAAAUCCUGAAAUCUGUCAACCACCCGUCACUGGUACAGUUGAAAGCAUUUGGUAGCGACGAGAAGCGUGCGCUGUUGGUUUUGGAUUACUGCCCGGGAGGAGACCUGUUUGAUGUGGCCUCAUCGAGUCCACGGCCAAUGGGCCCGCAAGCUAUUCGUCGUAUCUUCGCCGAAGUGGUGGCGGCUGUGCGCUACCUUCAUGCAAACUUCAUCGUCCACCGAGACAUCAAACUUGAGAACGUACUCGUCAACCUUCCGAUGCAAACGAUGGACGCCAUCACGGAUUGGCGCACCUACGACCGAGCGGUCAUCACUCUCAGCGACCUAGGUCUGUCCCGACGAAUACCCGAGCCUCCCGAAAGCCCCCUCCUUCAUACCCGUUGUGGAAGCGAAGACUACGCGGCCCCGGAGAUUCUGAUGGGUCAACCCUAUGAUGGACGGUCAACGGAUGCCUGGGCUCUAGGUGUCUUGCUGUACGCCAUGAUGGAGAACCGGCUCCCAUUCGACGCAUUGCCCGGCACCCGAGGCGAUCCCGCCAAACUCCGAGCGCGGACGCCCCACCGCAUCGCGCGAGUCGAGUGGUCCUGGUACCGCUACGCCGAUAGCGACGGCGAAUGGGACCCCGAGAAGGGCAAGGAGUUGGAGGGUGCACGCGAAUGCGUGGAAUCGCUACUGAAACGGAGUACGAAACGAAGAAGCCUAGACGAGAUCGCCUCGAUGGAGUGGGUUAAGGAGGCGAUCGACGUACCCGGCGAACUAAAGAGGGGGGAUAAGGAAGUGCCGUAGAGCUGGUCUCUUGGAGAUUUCCUUUCAUUACAUUCGAUUGAGACCAUUCUUCUUAUCUACCUUUUUUCUUUCUUUCUUACGUUCUCUCUUUUUUUCUCAUUCACUCAACUUUCUUCUUACUUUCUUUUACACGCGCGUUGCGCCAAUAUAUAAUUAUCUGGUUGGGCUUGGGGCUGAGUUCUGAUCCUGGUCGUGUCUUUGAGCGACGAUACGCGCACUGUCCUGAAUAUGGGCUUACACAGUACUUACCUAUCUGUUGUUUCUGCCGUUAAUUAAACCACCUGCA